AUGGGCACCAAGCACACCAAAGGAUGCCAGCCUCCCGGUGCAGGGGAGAGCCCCCAGCCACACAAUCCAGGCUCCCGCAAGAAGAUGCCAGCUAGGGACCGGGGAGACUUCCUAGCAUCCUUCAUGGUGAAGUCCAGUGAUAAGUUUGGGAAGAGUGGUGGCAACUUGCCCCCUUACCACCGGCGGAUCAGUAUGAUCCAGGACAUGCUGCUGCUAGUGAAGCAAGGGAAACAGGACGAGGCAACUGAACUGCUGAAACACCUGCGAAUGGACUUAGGAAUGGAAUCAACCUCUCUGGAUGACGUCCUGUAUAGAUAUGCCAGCUUCCGAAACCUGGUGGAUCCAAUCACCCAUGACUUGAUCAUCAGUCUCGCUAGAUACAUCCAUUGCCCCAAACCGGAGGGAGACUCGUUUGGAGCCAUGGAGAAGGUCUGCAGGCAGCUGACCUACCACCUCAGCCCUCACUCGCAGUGGAGACGCCAAGGGAUCAUGAAGAGGAAGCCUCAGUCCUGCUUGAAAGCUAUCCUGGUGGGGACGCCUCAGAACAACACAGUAGAUCUCUCUGGCAUCCCUCUGACACUGAAGGACUUGGACCGUAUCAUCUCAUACCUCCAGCACAGCUCAGAGCACAUUGACAAUGUGGAGCUGUGCUUCACGGAGCUGACUGAUGAGAUGUUCCUUCAACUUCUGCCCAUCCUCAGUGCCCUGCCUCACCUCACCACUCUCUCCCUGAAUGGCAACAGACUCACCAAAGCAAUCCUUCGGGACCUGACAGAAACACUGAAGGACCCCAAGAAGUUCUCCAGUGUGACGUGGAUUGAUCUGGGCAACAACGUGGAUAUCUUUUCUUUGCCGCAGCCCUUUUUGGUCAGCCUCAAGAAACGCUGUCCCAAGCAAGGCAACUUGCCAACCAUUCUGGAGUUCGGGGAGGGCCAGAUGAGUGACUUGGAAAGCCAAGAGGGCCUGGCGGAGAGUCAAGAGGAUCUGUGCUCAGCCGACGAAGAUGGAAACCAACCUGACAAGAUCAACAAUGCAGGCACCAGACGGCUGCUGACAGAGAGAACCAUUGAGGUUGGGACGCUGACAAAUAAAUGUGACUCUGAGCAGGAAGCUGCUUGUGAGGCAGCUCAGACUUGA